AAAACAUUUAAUCUAGACUAGUCUAAGGUUUUAUUGAAAAGCAAUCCUGUAACACUACAUUACUACUAUGUUUACCAUAUUAUCAAGCACAAUCUUAGCAUUUUACUUGGUGGAAUUAAAAUUUGGUAAUGGAGAGGAGAUUACCCCAGGAUCAUGCAGUUUUUCAGGAAUUGGACCACAACUUUUAUUUUCCAACAACACACAUGUAUUGUUGAACGCUUUGGAUAGUGACAAUUCAAGGACUCUUGUGGAGACUAUGGCUGGUUCUGUUUUAUUUGUUGACUAUCAUUUCGUGGAUGGAUCUAUUUACUGGUCAGAUCUAAAUAAGCAGAUAAUCAGCAGGAAAUCGUGUCCAUUAGGUAAUGAAAACUCUGUCAUAGAAAUUAUAAUUCAAAACUCAAGACCCAUGGGAAUAGCCGUAGACUCACUGAACGAUCAUCUUUAUUGGGCAGACCAAGAUGGAGCGGCUAUAAAGAGGUCUAAUUUAAAUGGUUCCAACAUUGAAGUUAUUUUAGACAAAUCAUUGCAAACUCCAGUUGCAAUUACUAUAGACACCUCAAACAGCUGGUUGUACUUCAGUGAUCACGGCAAACAGACCAUCGAGAGAUGUAAAUUUGAUGGAAGUAGCAGACGGACAUUAAUAAGUGAUGACGUUCAGACUCCAUAUGGUUUAGCUUUAGAUUUGAACUCAAAAAGAUUAUAUUGGACCGAUUCUGCAUUGUAUCACAUCAAAUCUUCUAAUUUGGACGGCACUGAUGUUAAACUAGUUUCUAUAGAUGUAUCAUCAUUGGUAGACAAAAUAGAAAUUGUUGUUAUGGGAAUCGACUUAUAUGGAUCUUACAUGUAUGUUAGUAAUCUUGGAACUGGAAUAUACAGGAUACAGAAAAACAAAGAGAAUGCCGUGCCAAAAAGAAUAUCUGGGACUCAUCAUUCAGUUUACGGUGUAAAGAUAACAAAAAGCCACACAAGUGAUGCAACAACGGUGAAAGGAUCUGUUGGACAAAUGAUUAUACUGUUUGCUGGAAUGCUAUUUGUUGAAUUUCAAAACAUUAAUUCCAUAUAAAAUGAAUGUACAAAAUUAAAGAAUAAACUCUC